AUGACUUUAGCUGCAAAACUUGGGAUCUUCUCAUUCAUUUAUCUGAAGAGUUUUGUCAAGUUGAGAGCAACUCAGGUAAGGGCCAUAUAGCUACUGUUUCAGUAUCUCAUUUGACUUCAAUCAUGCAUUCAUUUAAAUGUUUUGCUUAUUAUUUCAAUUAAAUUCAUAAACCAUAUUAAUUGAUGUGGUUCAUUGCUUUGUCGCAACGGCUUAUUUGUAAUAUCUACCGAAAACAUCGAAAGUUUCGAAGCUUUGAACAUAUCACCCGACCGCAUUUACUUAACUUGAGAUAAUUUCUUUUUAGAGAAAUCAAAAUGAGACUGUUCAUCAUUUUUUUGUCGUUAUCGUGUUCCCAGCUUAUCUUUCAUGAAGGUUUGCAUACUGACAUUAGCUAUACUCUUAAGCAAUAUUGGUACACAUAUUAUGUACACAACUUUUUAUUAGCUUAUAGGAGUUAUAGCAGUAUUAGACAGACGAGAACACAAAAAAAUAUGAUUGAAGAAUUGGAUAAGUCAAUCACACGACAAAUUAGAUAUACAGGAAACAGAGACGGAACUCAAGGCCUCCCCCCCCCCCAGCAAAAAAGACCCUAAACUUUUUGCUAGGACAUUGGGAAAAUUGGCCCAAGUCUCAGUUAUAAAGGGUCAGAAAUUUGCAACGGGCGGCCCCACUGCAAAGCUGGAAUUGGUGAAAUUGUGAAAUUUGGACCCCUUUUUUAGUAGACAUGGAAGGGGAAUAAUUUUUGUGUUUCUUUUUUACUUGUUAUAGUCCGGAUAAUUUUUUGAACCACUUUUUUUAAUGAAUAUGUUUAGAAAUUUUUUUCUUUACUUCCCCUCCCCCCCCCCACAUUUAAAAUUUUGAUGGGGGGCCUCAGGAGGUUCCGUUACGCCACUGACAUGCAGGAAACUAAUCAACUAUAGAUAUAUGCUGCAAGUGAUUUUGUUGGAAAGGAAUUUCACACAAAGUGUCUUGUAGGUUCAUAGUCUGUCGAUGAACGUCAAAAAUUAAAUAGCCAAACAAAUAAAUAAAAUAAUAUUAAUAUUAAUGUUGUAGAGGAGGACAAUUAUACUUGAUAUUAGAUAUUAUAUUACAGGGGAAUCUGAAGGACGUACAAAGGUUAAUUCGGCGUUGAUCGUACUGAAACCUGUCGUCUAAGAGCAAACUAGGUUACUAUAUAUAUAUAUAUAUAUAUAUAUAUAUAUAUAUAUAUAUAUAUAUAUAUAUAUAUAUAUAUAUAUAUAUAUAUAUAUAUAUAUAUAUAUGCAUAUAUAUAUAAGGCUGUUGCAUGCAUGCAGUCAAAAACGUAAUAAAAAUUUUGAAUUUCUUGCUGAAUUAACGAUCAAUCACUUAACUAAAAGUUAAAUUUGUCUGAAAUGGCACUUUUUCAAAUUUUUAUAUAAACAUAUUAUUUAAUUGGUAUUUAAUAAUAACUGUAACGGAUAAAAUUACAUACGAAUUCGAUUCUAUAAAUAAUAAUAAAUUAUUUUUUCUUUCCAAAUUUCUUCAACGCAUUGUAGGUGAAGUUUCUGCUUAUCAAAGGAACGCAAAGGAUCGUUGGAUUGUCAAGACGUUUGGGGGCAAUGAAUCUGUCCACCAGUCUGGAAACAUGGUACGGCUAUACCAUGGUGCGCUGACCUAUGUUGAAAUUAUGCACACUGUAUUGUACCGCAUAGCUACCAAAAAUAAAAAUUCAGUACGGCAAAAAAAUGUUUAUCGAAAACUGACGACAUAUUUGCCUUUUUUAAAAAAAAGUGGCAUUACAGAAUUUUUUAUAUUUUGCUUAUUGUUAAUAGUCCACGCUGUAAGUAACAUUGUCCAGGAAAACAAUUGGGGGUUACCAUGUUUCUUUUCCAACUGCACAAAGCAAUAAGCUAUUUUAGAGUGAAUUUCGUACUCGUGUGUUGCAUAGAAACGAACUAUAUAUGUCACAAAGUGACAUAAAUUGAAAGACGAAACAUCAAGAUAGAUGAACAUCCAGAUAACUGUUGCAUAAAGACUAAAACAUUAAUACUGCAUGUCAAAGUAUUAUACACCUGAAGUUUCGAAAACUGUAUCGAGCCACCAUAAUUGGAUUUCUUAUUUUAUAGUCGUUGUUCGUGCGAAGAUCAGACUUUGGCGAAUAUUUAGAUCAUGUCGAAAAUGUAAAUUCAACAAAUCCAAGAAAGAUUAAAACAAAGGUAGGCUAAAGGCAUUUUUCAUUACAGUCAGUGAAAUUUUUGAAGACUAUCUUGGACGACUGGUGAUCACUUUUGAAGAAUUAUCUUAAUGUUUUAACCGAAUCGCAAAUGUGUUCACAGACGUUUUUAAAUAUUCAUAUAAUUGAUCCGUUGUUGACAAUGGAAGCUCGAAAAUGCAAGCACGUUCCGGAAGCCAUACUGAUAGAAUUACAGUUUAUAAAAGCAAUUAGGCAGCUGGCAGCUAAAAUUUAUAACAAUUCUUUGCGUUGGCUAAAUUUCAAGAAAUGAAAUUUCGUCAUUAAACAAUAAAUUUAAUCCAAUACUAUCAAUUUUUUUAUUUAAAAAUAUCUUUUAGAAAAUGCCUGAUGGAUAUCUGAGUUAUGAUGAAAAAGGAGAUAUUGACAUUUUAAAAAAAGAGGGAGAGCCAGGAUGGAUGGAAAAGUUGAUACAAGAG